AUGAACCAAACAUUCGGUGAAAUUUCGGAAACUUCCGAGCUCGCAUUAGGUGACUUUCUCAUACUGCUUUUGAAAUGUUUUGUUUUCAUUGCAAUUAUUUUGUCUGCAGUCCUUGGAAAUGCUCUCGUUAUCGCCAGUGUUUUCAAAACGAAAAAACUAAGAACAUCCACUAAUUAUUUCAUAGUAUCUCUGGCCUGCGCUGACAUUUUCGUGGCUCUGUUUGCUAUGACAUUUAAUGCCGUUCGCACAAUAAGUGAAACUUGGGAAUACGGCAAAUUCCUCUGUGACUUCUGGAAUAGCGCCGAUGUGCUUUUUUGCACAUCUUCGAUCAUCCAUUUAAGCAGUAUAAGCUUGGAACGUUAUUAUGCGAUCGUUUAUCCUUUUAACCAUCGCUGGAAAAUGACCAGCACAGCCAAGACAGUUGGCAUAAUUAUUGGCACUUUUGUUGCUUGCUGGUUACCCUUUUUUAUUGUAUAUAUAAUUACAAACAUGUGUACCUCCUGCGAAUGUCCCGAAAUAAUACUACAAAUUGUGAUUUGGACUGGAUAUGCUAAUUCAUCGCUAAAUCCAAUUAUUUACUGUUUCUUCAACAAAGACUUUCGGGAAUCGUUC